AUGGACUCCCCGGGACGCCAGUCCGGCACCAGCCUGGCCGACCUGAUACGCACAUCACAGCUUCUUACCGAUCGGUACAGUACUGUUGCCAAUAGCCUCAAUACGGCACCGGUGACGCUGUCUGAUCUCGCCAAAGAAUGUCGCGCCGUGACAGAUGCUCUCCGACGAUUCAAGUACCUGCGCGAAACGAUACCGGAAACCCUCGUUUUCGAUCCAGUCCUUCUCGACCAAUCCUGCCAGGAUGCCUUGGACUCGAUCAACACAGACUUGUCGUCUCUCGACUUCUACAGUACGCGAAUUCGCCCGGCGACGAGCGAUAGUGCUGUCGACAUGUCCUCGGGACAAAUUACCAUCAUUUGGAACGAAGACUCUCUCAGGCAAAUUCAACGCCAGCUCAAGACCAACCCUAUCGCCGGAGCAGAUCUCGAGAGUAGAGGAGACGAGGGCGACACAAUCUUGAUCACGACAAUCAAGUAUGGAUACUCCGAGAAGGUCGUCUCACUAUUGUGCGAACUCGGUGCAGAUGUGAAUGCCGUCGAUACGCUGGGGUGCUCGCCAGUCCACUACGCCGCCAUGUCAGCCAAAGACGAUGACACCUUAGAGGUGCUCAUCCGCGCUGGGGGCGAGGUUGACCGCAGGGAUUUGGGAACACGAACGCCUCUUAUAGCGGCUGUUCAAAAUUACCGCUUCAACGCUAUCGAAAAGCUUCUCGAAUAUGGUGCGGACCUGGAAGCCCGGCUACAAAAUGGCAGAACAGCGCUCCAUGUCGCCAUAUCUAUGAGAAGCAGCCCGAUGACGGAGUUCCUAUCAGAUCAGGGCGCCUACCUCGACCGACGUGUCAAUGAGCACACCGCCUUGACGUACGCAAUAUCUACAGCUUGUCCGGAUAUCGCUGAGGUGCUGAUAGGGGCCGGGGCCGACGUUAACUUGCCGAGCUCGAAGGGUAACUUUCCGUUGCUCGCGGCUGCCUCAGCCGGGGACUUACGCACCAUGAAGCUUCUCCUCUCUCGUGGUGCCAAUUUUGAUGCUACCGGUAGCGAGGGGUACCUACCCAUGCACAUGGCAGCCCAUAAGAAUCGAGUCGAGGUGCUGCAACUUCUCUUUAAAGCUGGAUCACAGAUUGACCCAACGACAGAACAUGGAGAGACGCCUCUCACCAUCGCGAUGCACUUGGGAUGCUUCGAGGCUGCUCAAUUUCUGAUCGAGGUCGGUGCUGAGGUAGACCACUCCGCUCCUGGAGCAGAGAGAAUCAUAUGCCAAGCUCUCAAAGCCGGCAACACGCGAAUUGCAGUCGCUCUCAUCCGAGGUGGUGCAGACCUCACAACCCCAUUGUUGCGAAACUCCAGCAUGACGCCGCUACAUCUUGCAGCCCACUACGGACAGAACGACGUGCUUGCGACGAUGAUCAGUACGGGCGUCGACCUCGAUACUAGGACCUGGCCAGGGUUCACCCCACUCUUCGCUGCCGCAAGGGCAGGGCACCUCGACACUGUGCGACUUCUCCUCGCCGCCGGGGCGUACCUCAGAGCUCGAUCAAUGUCAGGGGCGAACCUGAUGUUCUUCGCCACAGCGCAUCCCGCAAUGAUCAAGCUUCUGAUAGAACUUGGAUUAGAUGUUCGUGAGCGCGAUCAUCACGGCGCAACACCGCUACAUUAUGCGGCUGUCAAGGCGCCGUCUUCGAGUCUCUUCAAGACUAUAAAACGAAAGCGAAGUAUCGCCAAGGUACUGCUGCAGGCCUCGCUAGACAGAAAGGUCACAUGA